AGGUAACCCGAGCUCACUCGUGUCCAAUUGACCGUCAAGUCAAGUGAAUGUAGCCUCAAGCGGCCUUGAACUUGUUCAACAGCUCUCACGCCAGGGCUCUGGCUCCCACCGACGCUGCCAUCUUCCACUACGGUAACUUGCCUUUGGUGGAGACGAUUACACUUCCUCGCUCGGAAGGCCUCGCUCAUUCUCCAUUUUAACGCCUUCCAAACACAUCCAAGGUCGAGCCUUCAUCGCAAACCUCAACAAUGGCUCCGUUCCCGUCCAACCAGACCCCGGAUGUGUCGGCCAACCCAGCCCCGCAGCCGUUCGAAGAACUCGACGCCAAGCGCGACGUCAGCUACAUCGAUAUGCCGUUGACGCCUAAGACAACUAGCGUCAACCCGGCUGACGCCAGACUCGCGAGUCUAUCUCGCUUCGCCGUACAGAGCGUACAUCUGCGCGAAUGCUUCGCUGAGUUUCUCGGCACAUUCGUCAUGAUCUUGUUCGGUAUGGGCGUCAACAACCAGGUGACCAACUCGCAAGACGCUAAUGGUACUUGGCUCAGUAUCAACAUGUGCUGGGGCAUCGGCGUGCUCAUUGGCGUCUACUGCACGGAAGGUAUUAGUGGAGCCCACUUAAACACUGCAGUGACACUAGCACACUGCGUAUACGGUCGUCUACCGUGGUGGAAGGCACCUGGAUAUAUGAUCUCACAGGUCUUGGGUGCAUUCGCGGGGGCCUUUGUGAUCUGGGUCAUGCAGUGGCAGAACCUUAACGUCAUUGAUCCCGACCGCGAGACUACGCAGAGUAGCUUUGCUACAUACCCGAGCGAUAAUAUUUCUAACUAUACUGCCUUCUACACUGAAGUAGUCGGUACAGGCAUGUUGCUACUCGGUAUCUACGCUAUCACGGACCAGCGCAACCGUCCGGCUGGGCCAGUGGGAGCUCCUUUCGCCUUCUGCCUUUUGAUCAUGGCUCUCGGUAUGUGUAUCGGUAUGAACACGGGUUACGCUAUUAACCCGGCGCGUGACUUCGGCCCUCGUCUCUUCACGAGUAUCGCUGGUUGGGGCUCCAAGGUCUUCACUCUGCGCGAUCAUUACUUCUGGAUCCCGAUCGUGGGGCCACUGAUCGGUGGCGUGAUUGGUGCCGGUCUGUACGUCAUGCUGGUGGAGAUCCACCACCCGCGCCAGACGCUACCUUAAGAACGGUAUGACCGAUCCCAGACCAAGUACUUACGAAGUUGUAGUCGGUGGUUGUUAAGUUUAAUGUCGAUCGUAGCUUCAUAAAAUAACUACCUAUAUACUAUGUGUUCAAAUGGAAAAUGGUGCCAUAGAGUCAUGUCUAACUUCUCACUCUUAGCUCUGUUGUCCAUUUUGAUCACUGACUGCAAGUACGGCAGCAUCAUACUAAAGAUCGAGAAUCCCAUUGCUACCCCAGUAUCGGAGCGGGGAUUGAUCUGUGGCGUAGGGUGAGAUGCUAGAUGAGACAGAGAUUUGGCAUCCGUUUCUUUGGCCCCACUACCUUCCA